AUGAUAUGCAAAUUCCGCUGUGUUGUAUGUCAUGUUUCCAAUAGGGCCCUCCAAAGUGGCCUUCAGGCUGGGGGAGUUCUAUUACUGGAUGGCUCGUGGGCAUCGAUAAAUGCAUUAGUGUUCUCAGAUCACGGCGCCACUGUUGUCAUCGCGGACAUCCAAAUUUGUCCGCAGGCGGUGGAAGACGCAACUUGCGCCCUGGCGAAUUUGAAGGGGGUGGCCCUGAAAGCGAGCCAUAUCGCCGAGGCCGCGUUGUUUCUGGCGUCAGAACGGUCGGAGUUCAUCAGCGGACAUGACCUCGUUGUUGAUGGCGGUUUUAACCAUCUGAAAGCUAUCUCACGUGCGAGACAGUAA